CAGCGCUCACGCCGGAGCCGCCGAGACAGCCGGUGGUGCUAGUAGAUGAAGUGGCGGGGGCGCAGCAACGGGUUCUCCAUGAGCAAGCGGCGGAGGCAACGGGUGCGGCGGCACCGGUGUUUUUCGGUCCCCGAGGAGGAUGAAGACACUGUUUGAAGAGAUCAAAGCAUCAAUUAAAAAUAACUAUAACCAAGAUCGCUCAUUUUGGAGGCCUGUUCUUCCCUGGGGAGGUGUUUUUACUAUCAAAGCUGGCCGCAAAGCAGUAUCCUGUACACCACUGUACGUUGAAAUAAGACUGAAAAAUACCUGCACCAUAGAUGGAUUCUUGAUGUUAUUAUAUGUAAUUCUUAAUGAAAAUGAAAAUUUCUCCAGGGAACUCUCUCUUCAUUUAGGUAGAGAGUUUGUAGACUGUUUUCUUUAUUUAAUGGACACGUACAGUUUUACAACUGUGAAGCUACUCUGAAUUUGGGACAAGAUGGAAAAACAGCAAUACAAAUCUGAAGUUCAUAAAGCUUCACUAAUAAUUGAUUUGUUUGGGAAUGAGCAUGAUAAUUUUACAAAAAAUCUUGAAAAUCUCAUGUCUACCAUACAGGAGAGUUACUGUUCCAACUGGCGAUGCCCCACUCGAGUGCAAGAAGAUCAACAGCGCACAAUUAAUAUAAAUCCUCCCCAAGAAAUACCACAUGGAAACUUGAUACGACUGGCUGUGGAUGAGUUAUUCUGUUCUAGGAUUGAACUGUGUGAAGAAAGUGGGUGUAGUGGCUUAAGAGAAUUUUCCCAACGAGUUUUCUGCCAUGGGGCACCCCCUUUUGUUGUCUUAAAUAUGCAGCAUUGGAAAUCUGAAGACCUGGCAUAUGUACCCUAUUACUUGGAUUUAUCUGAUCACAAGUAUUUAUUGGAAGGUGCCACAUUAUUUAACAAAGAGGAACAUCAUUAUUCUGCCGCUUUCCAGAUAGAUGGACAUUGGAUGCACUAUGAUGGCCUCAGAAAUGUGAAUUUAAUUUUGUUAAAUAAACCCCCAGAGUUUCUUCUCUUGUCAUCAUUGGUUUAUAUUCGAGCAACAGAGAAAUAAAUAUAGACUGAUGCUAAAUUAAAUUGUUUUCCUUGGUAUCCAAGGAAACAGUUCAACUAUACUAGUUUCAGGGGUGUGUUUUCCAGUAUUUUAGCCCCACGUAAAUGUUUUAUAUAGAGAAUCUAUGCAAAAAUGUUUAUAUUUCUUUUAUCUACAUCCUGGGUUAUUUUUAUACAAGCAUAUUUUAUGUUGAAAUAAAAUAUAUCGUGUAGCCUUUGUAUUUUUAUUUGUAAGUACCUCAAAGGUUUUUUAUAAUUCUAUUCUUGAAUCUAAGAAAAUACUUGAUCAUUUGAAUUCUCAGUUUUUUUUUUUUGAUAUCCAAAGAAAACCUGAAACAAGUCAGUAUUUCAGUUUAUAAACUUAACAGUUCAAAAUGUAUCUGACUAUAUUUCUUUGCCCUACCUCACUAUAAUCCGAAGUGCACUAUUGGACCUAGUAUGGACUUGAAUGUAUAACUUAUAGAUGUCUUAGUCUGUUUUACCUUUUGAUUUGCCUAAUUUCCCUACAUCAAUUUUUAAAAACACUUUGGUGAAAAUGUUCUUCUGGGCUUGAAUUAUUUCUUUAUAAUGACAAAUUACUUUAGCCAUUUGCUAAAAUAUUAUAAACUUGCCAGUAUUUUAAGUGGUAUUUAAGCCCUCUGUUAUUGUUAAUGGAAGUUAUUGUUACAAAUAAGUUAUAUAAUUAAUGUAAACAUUUAUCUCAUAAUUAAAUAUAAUGGAAAUUCUCUACUAAAAAUUAUUUUGCAAAUACAACUAUAAAAGAUAAUAGGCAACUGGAUGUUUACUAAUGUUGGAUUAACAAUAGAAAUGUACUUUAAAUAUAUAUUUAAAAGAAAAUGGGUGCUCAAAGACCCUAAGACUUUCUUCCUUUUGCAAUUUAAAGGAAAAAUUAGGUAAUAUUCCCAGUAGUCCAUCAUAGGUUCUGGGUUGGAGCUGAGUGUAAUAUAUUUGGAGAGUUUACUUAACAAUACAGUUCACUGCCAUAUACAAAAUUGCUAAGGUUUAAGUCUAUAAAUUAAGUCUUACAUUGGUUUGGUGCCAUGCUGAAAUAACUUUACUAAAGAAUGAAUAAACGUGAGUACAGUGUUGCUGAGAAUGACUCACUUUGAGCAAAUGCUAUGAAAAUUCUUUUUUACGCAAGAUAAAAAAUAGUGAUGUAUUUUCAAAAAAAAAAAUCACCCCAGGGUUGAUUUAAAUAGUUCCUCACUAUUUAAUGUAUUUAAAUAGGAUUUGAUUUACAAUAAACUUUUCUGGGACAUUUUAUUGCAUGAAUCAAAGUAUACAAAAACACAAAUAUUAGGAUAUACACAAAUGAUGUAAAUAACAAAUUAUUCCUGAUGCAAAUUUAUUCUUUUAGGAAUUGCACUUUAUUUGGAAUAACACUAGUUUAUCACAAAACAAUGACUUACCUACCUCACAGGGUUGUUGUGAGGAUUAAAAUGUUUGUUAAAAUCUUGACUACUCUUAACAUGCUAAUAAAAAAACAU